GUAUACGAUAUUACGGUUAUCAUUUGAAAUUUGAGAGGAUGAUUAGACCAGGCAUAUUUCACGCAUUUAUCCAGCAAUUAUGCGAUAUCGAACAUCUGUAACGACGCGAUAACGAUUGUUACGUAUCGUACGAUAUGCCUUUUCAACGUGUUGAAAACUACUUUACCAGCAAUACAAUAGUAACCGUUACGAUAGAUGAUAAUAAAUAUCGAUAAUAUCGAAAGAGAUAUUCUCGAUUGGUCGAAAAAGGAGAGUCGUACGUUUACAGAUGAAAAUCGAAACUUAAAGGAUAUAGGCUAAUCUGUAACGAGACGUGGAGGAAAGAGAAAAAAGAUCGUAAAAGCGUGUUGGCGAAGGUUGACUUAAACGAUAAAAUGGCUCCUAAAUCGAAGCGAAAAACACGGAACAAAUCAAACGGUCAGAAAUCAGAGCAAGAUUUCAAACGAGAAACGCUCUUACGUGAACUUAAGCUCAGCGCUUUGAAUACGGAACGUAAUCGACGUUACUGGAGAGAAAUGCUUACGCGCGUAAAAAUGCCGGAUAUCUCGAAGAAGAUAGACAUAACUUGGCAAAUUCUAGAACAUGCCUUCGACUUCAAGGACUACAGCAUCGGCUUAUUAUUGGACAGUCUGCAAGAAGCCGAAAAUCAACGACGAACGGCUAAUGGUGCCCACGUAGAGAUAAUCGAUCGAUCCUUAGAAAUACACGAAACUCGACUAACAGAGGCCGACACGCUCUUCUAUGGAAAUAUGAAAACGGCGUUAGCCGAUAAAACCUUUCAGUUUGAAAAUAUCAAUUAUUAUCGAAAUAAGAAAGAAACUGCUUUACGAAAAAUUAACUUGUUCUUAAAUCAUCGAGGUGAAAAUGCAACGAAUGUCGCGAGAAGUACUGCCAUUAGUAAAAUCAACACAUUCGUGGAAGAUAGAGAAAACGAAAAAAGGAUAGUUACAACGCAACUUCAAAAAAGAUUAGAGAAUCUAUGGAACGAUUUGCGAAAUGUUUUUUCUGAUUAUCGUAAAAGUACAGAAGAUCGACGAAAAGGUUAUGAGAUUGUCAGAAAAAAGGAUCAGACCGAUCAACAAAUGAUAACUCGACAAAAUAUGCGUAUCGCGAUUCUUCUCGACGAGAUCAUGAAAUUUCGUAGCAAGAUUAAUUCUUACAAGAUAGAAUCUAUAAUUGAACUACAAGAAAUGACAAAAGAAUCAAAUUUCUUUUAUAAUGCCUAUCGAGAGACGAACGAACGUUUUAUCUUUGGUACAUAUGUUCGAUACAUCUCUCCCUUAACCACUUACGCUACCAAUAAACUCACGGUUGCACGUGCCGUGUGCUACAAUAUAACACGCGACAAAUGCCUAUCGACGUGGUAUACACGUCGCUGGCGAUUUUGGAACGAAAGCAUCUCGACGUGCGUGGCACGUCUUUCUAGCGCAAGUGGUUAACCAGGUCGGUAGAUUGUGACAGUGAGUGAUUUAUUAGGUUGCAAGAAAGAUAAACAUAAAACAAUGACGAUGUCUAAGGAAUAUAAUCACAGUGUAAAAUACAUGAAAGAUUUGAUGAUCAAAGCUGAACGUAUACUCGCUUAUAUGCAAAUGUGUCGAAAAUACGAGACGCAAGAUGAAAAAGUACUUCCAAUGAUUGAUAAUCAUCCUAUGCAAUUACCAACAACCGAUAACAAUAUCCUUCCAUUUCAAACAACUAUGAAAGACUUUCAAUAUCUCAUUAAUUUUUGGCGUCGACUAAAUUUUGCGCAAAUAAUCACCAAAGAAUUACGUACAGAAAAAUGCCAGUUACUGAUACAAGCGAACUAUUUACGAAAAUUGAUGAAACGCUACUUUAUUGAUGAGACAAGUCCGAUGUAGUUCGAAGCAUAUAUUUCGACAAAUCAAUGAAUAGUACACAUAACAAAGGUCUACUAAAAAUCGAUUUAUUAUCAUCAAGUACAAGUGUGAUGGUGGUACUCGUAUACCAUUGAAAAUGACGUGAUUAUAUCAAUUUCUUCUCAGAGGUAUUCUCACGUAUUUACAUGAGAUCAUAAACGUUAGAUCAUAAUAAAGAAUCAAAAAUGCAGUAAUAUGAACAAUUUGUGUAAGAAUUUCAAAUUUCUUAUGCAUUCCUAUAACAAGCAUACAGUGUACCGAUAAACAUGAGACAUGUAGAGUACAGCUUGUUUU